ACAAGAUGGAUAAAUAAAUAAGUGCAUAAAGGAAGCAUUGAGAAGGGGUCCGCCCAAAUGGUUCUGAGUCUUGUGGUAGCUGGCUGCACUGCAGAAAAGAGAAGCAAAAGGAGACAGAAUGCAGAAGUGAAGAUGAGGAUAGGAGGAGGAAAGGACACGAGUGUGCUUUGCAGAGAGAGAAAGGAAACCAGGACAGUGUGUUAACAGAAGGGGGUGCUAAGAUUUGGGUUACACUGCGUUGCAGAGAUGCAGAAAGGACAGCAGCUUCCACUGCAGCACAGUGUUGACUAAAUAAGAGAGAGGGAAAGAGAUAAAGCACCCUCACCAUGCAGGGCGCUCUUUCCGCAUGCAUGCAUGCUGGAGCCAGGACCAGGUGAGCCACAAGCAGGCUCUACCACUCUCAACCUACCCGUCUACCGACACUGCCUUCUCAACUGAGAGGCCUUCAUGCCUCAGGAGUGUGCAAGACGACAGGAGUUAAGGAGGAGGGAGAGAAAGGGAGAGGGAGGAGGAACCAGAGAAGGAGGAGACCGGGGUGCUGGAUUUUUGGAUGAAGGAGAUCCUGAAUUAAGAGCUGCUGAAAUAAAGAUGUAGUGUGAGCAGGAGGCAGAACAAGGAGCGUGCUGUGCUGCAGUGGAGAGGAGUGUGGUAGACGCCGGGUGAACACACCCCCACUCACAUAUCCAGCAAGACUCUCCCUGGACAGAGAGAACUCACCGUUACCGCCGCAGGGCUUGGAAGAUGCCCUCUCGCUGUGGAACAGCGGUGCGGAUCUUCAUCACCACUCUAUUUGCAGCUGUGGUGCUCUUUGCCAUCCUGCUGGCCUAUGUGACUGGCUACCAGUUCAUCCACACUGAGCAGCACCACCUUUCCUUUGGCCUGUAUGGUGCCAUCCUGUCACUACAUCUGCUGCUGCAGAGCCUCUUUGCUUACCUGGAACACCGGCGUAUGCGAGCACCUUCACGGCUACAGCACCUGCACUGCACUGUUGCUCUUUGUAUUGCUGCUUACCAGGAGGACCCGGACUACCUACGCAAAUGCCUGCGCAGUGUGCGCCGCAUCUCCUUCCCCACUCUAAAAGUGGUGCUUGUUGUAGAUGGUAACCGACCCGAGGAUGCCUACAUGAUGGACAUCUUCCAGGAGGUAAUGGGGGGAACAGAGCAGGCUGGAUGCAUGGUGUGGAAGGGGAAUUACCAUAGCAAUGGGGCCAAAGGCACAGGUACAGGCUCAGUGAAUAUGGAGGAGGCUAUUCGGGUGGCCAGGAUAGUGCACAGCUGCCGCUACUCCUGCAUCAUGCAGGAGUGGGGCGGGAAGAGAGAAGUGAUGUAUACGGCUUUCAAAGCACUGGGGAACUCUGUGGAUUAUGUGCAGGUAUGUGAUUCGGACACAGUUCUGGAUCCAGCCUGCACAAUUGAGCUGUUGAAGGUUCUGGAGGAGGACCCAAAGGUCGGCGGAGUAGGAGGAGAUGUACAGAUACUGAACAAAUAUGACUCCUGGAUAUCUUUUUUAAGCAGUGUCAGGUACUGGAUGGCCUUCAACGUGGAGCGUGCCUGCCAAUCGUACUUUGGCUGUGUUCAGUGUAUCAGUGGGCCUCUGGGCAUGUAUCGCAACUCCCUCCUCCAGCAGUUCUUGGAGCCCUGGUACCACCAGACCUUCCUGGGCAGCAAGUGUAGCUUUGGUGAUGACCGGCACCUUACCAACCGAGUGCUCAGCUUCGGCUACAAGACUAAGUUUACUGCACGCUCACAGUGCCAGACUGAGACACCUACUCACUACAUCCGCUGGCUCAACCAGCAGACCCGCUGGAGCAAGUCGUACUUCCGGGAAUGGCUCUACAAUGCUCUCUGGUUCCACAAACACAGCCUCUGGAUGACCUAUGAGUCUGUGGUCACUGGAUUCUUUCCCUUUUUCCUGGUGGCUACAGUAAUCCAUUUGUUCUACCGUGGACGGCUGUGGAAUAUUCUGCUGUUCAUGCUAACAGUUCAGCUGGUGGGAAUGGUGAAGGCCACCUAUGCCUGCUUCCUAAGAGGCAGCCUGGUCAUGAUCUUUAUGUCCCUCUAUUCCCUGCUGUACAUGUCUAGCCUCUUGCCAGCUAAGAUCUUUGCCCUGUUGACAAUCAAUAAAGCAGGCUGGGGCACAUCUGGGAGGAAGAAGAUUGUGGUGAACUUAAUUGGGGCUGUACCUGUAACUGUUUGGGCACUUCUUUUGCUUGGUGGAGUAGCUUACACAAUUUACUGUGAGACGCAGGAACCUUUUAGUGAAACUGAGAAGGUCCUGCUCAUUAGCGGGGUCAUCCUCUAUGCCUGCUACUGGCUUAUACUUCUGGUGCUCUAUUUGGCUAUAGUGGCCAAGCGCUGUAACAAGAGGGAGGAGCAGUAUCACCUGCCCUAUUCUGAAGCCUAGAAUGCCUUAACAAUGUUGCUGGGUAAACUAUAUGGGACUGGUUUGAAUCAGUCUUCUACCUCUUUGGUGCUAAGCUCAUUGUCACGUUGGGAAAUUAUGCAUACUCACAUCAUUUGCAAGACCAUGGAGCUUUUCCCGACCAGUUGAGAUAUACCGCUGACCUUUGAAAAAGAUACAAUUGAGCCGUGCAGUAUUUUUGCUUCUUAAAUAUAGAGCAUAGAUCAGAGGAAAUUUUCCAUCAUGGUGCUGAGCUCACACCAUCAUAUGUGAAUAGUGGUUUGGGUGCUUGGACUCAAAUAUGAAUCACACUGUGGUGAAAUGUGUACUGUUUCUGUGAAGAACCCCAUAUUAGUCACUGCAAUUCACUUACAGUGAAAAUGAUCUUUUAUAAUUUUCAUGAAAUUUGACAUCAUUUGCCAUAGCUUGAACAGUGAUUUGAACAAAUGCAGUACUAAUCAAUAUUCUUUUGGGGUUUUUACUAUACCAAAAUUCAUUGAAUUUAAUUUUAUUUCAUUUGCUUCAGGAUUCUUCAGGAAACAUUAUUUUAUGCCGUAUUGGGAACAACCAAAGAGUCUUUUAAGGUUUAUUUGCUUAUAAUUAAUCAUACACCACAAACAUU